CUUUCUUUCACACCAGCAAACAACACCUUCUCUCUCUAUUCUAUCUCUGAAAAACAUUUUAUUUUCCGUUCAAGUUUCCGAUCAAAUGGCGCCGAAAGCAGCAGAGAAAAAAGCAGCAGAAAAGAAACCCGCUGAAGAAAAGAAAGCCGAAAAAGCACCAGCAGAGAAGAAACCCAGAGCUGAGAAGAAAUUACCAAACAAGGAUGCUUCAUCAACAGAUAAGAAGAAGAAGAAAUCAAAGAAAUCAGUUGAGACAUACAAGAUCUACAUCUUCAAAGUUCUGAAACAAGUUCAUCCUGAUAUUGGUAUCUCUAGUAAAGCUAUGGGCAUCAUGAACAGUUUCAUUAAUGAUAUCUUUGAGAAACUUGCUGCUGAAUCAUCCAGAUUAGCUAGGUAUAAUAAGAAACCAACUAUCACUUCUCGUGAGAUUCAAACUGCUGUUCGUCUUGUUCUUCCCGGUGAAUUGGCUAAACAUGCUGUUUCGGAGGGUACCAAGGCUGUUACCAAAUUUACCAGUUCUUAAUUCAUUGUUUCUGCUUUUUAGGUUUUAGAAAUUGAGGGUUUCUUUUGUUGUUUUAGUGGUUUGGGGUUUAGGGAUCUGGGUUUAACAUAUGUAAUUAGUAUGUCAAAUGUAUGUGAUUUCAAUUUCUAAUCCAAAUAUCUUGUUAGCAUUUGUCCUAAUUUGUGGAUGUGAAAAAUCAAUUGAAACCUGUUUGCAUA